AUGGCAGCUCCCAAGCCCAUUAAAUCAAUCAAUACUGAUUUCAAUUCCUCGUCUGCAAAGAAGCUUACCAAAUCUACUUCUCAACAACAUCACCAACAACAACAACAACAACAACAACAACCUUCCUUGUCGCAACCAACACCACAGCAACAUGCAACCAAUUUACUUCGGCCUCCAGCCUCACCUCAAUUGAAAAUAACCCAUAGUUCUACCAGACGAGUAUGGGUGAAAAGAGCUAAUGGAACCCCUACUACCCUUGUUAUUAAUCAAGAUUAUAUAGUGGACGACUUAAAGCAAGAUAUCAUGUAUAAGUUUCCUAAUUCAUUAGCAAAACUAUUUGACCCAGCAGAUUUGAGAUUAAUAAUAAUCAAAGUAGAUAAAAAGAAAUCUACGGAAAGUAAAAUUAAUCUUGAACCAGAUCAAUUGGUGUGGACUUUAUUGGACCAGCAUUUUCCAAAUGGCAUGACAAUGAAUGAUUCAUUCCUUAUUGAGGUCCCAGCUCCACAGGAGGUAGAAGGGACAAGUGGUGGAAGAGGCAGUUUCAGUACUCCUUAUCAUAGUAGUAGUCAAGUUCAAUUAUCUCAAUUAUAUCAUAGUACCAUGUCUCAACAACAUCAAACUCCAAAGAAUCUCCCCAAAUCCACUACACCAACUUAUUAUCAACCAAAACCGCAACAUUCACAUCAAUCUCAUAAAUCAUUACAAAACUUACCUAAAGAAAGAUCAAUAUCACCAUCCAAUACCAUUCAUCCUGGAACACUUCAUAGACGAUCAGUAUCGAAUCCUCCUCAAUCACCAUCAUCUGAUUCAAAUUCUCAAGCUGUAUUAUUAUUACCUAAGAAUUUUUCAUUAAAAUCUAGUGCAGCCAAUGGUUCAAUGGCCAGAAAUAGUAGUCAAAAACGAUUAUCAAUUGAUGAAACACAAGUAUCUGAUUCUAAAGAUGGUAUUAAUUCAUCACAAGAAUCAGAUAUGUCUAGAAAACCAGAAACUAUUGAUGAAGAUAGUGGCACCAUAGAUGUGAAAAAGAUAAAAGAAAAGAAUGGUAAGGAUGAUAGAUCUUAUCCAUCUUCUUCUCCAGUACUCGCAGGCGAGCCAAAGAGAAAGGUAUCAGAUUCCAAACGAGAAGAUGAUAAUAAGCACACUAAUAAUAAUAAUAAUAACAAUAAUAAUAAUAACAAUAAUAAUAAUAACAAUACGAACAAUAAUAACAAAGUGAGUCGCUCAUUAAAGGGACCUACUGAAAGAGUGCUUCCUUCUAUUUCUGUCUUGGUAGUGGAAGAUAAUGCUAUUAAUCAAGCUAUUUUAGGAGCAUUUUUAAGAAGACAUAAGAUUCAUUAUCAAAUUGCUAAGAAUGGUCAAGAAGCCAUUGAUAAAUGGAGAAAAGGAGGAUUCCAUUUGGUAUUGAUGGAUAUUCAAUUACCUGUUAAGUCAGGUAUAGAAGCUACCAAAGAAAUCAGAUAUUUAGAAAAAAUUAAUAAAAUUGGGGUAUUUGCUGAAAGUGAUGGAGGUAAUACAAAUCUUACAGCUGAAGAAAUUACGGAUAAAGAGAUCUUGGAUAUGCAUUUAUUCCGUUCACCUGUUAUCAUUGUUGCCUUGACUGCUUCAUCUAAUUCAUCUGUUGAUAGAAAGAAUGCAUUAAUGGCAGGAUGUAAUGAUUAUUUAACUAAACCAGUUAAUUUAGUAUGGUUACAAAACAAGAUUACAGAAUGGGGUUGUAUGCAAGCAUUAAUUGAUUUUGAUGGAUGGAAGAGUAAAAAAAUACUUAAAUCUCGAGAUGAAAACAUUCAUAAGGUGAAUAAAUCAACUGGAAUGUUAUCAAUUGCUAGUAAUUAA